CAUGGGGAGCCGCAGAAGCAUCAUCAUCACCAUAUUGACCACAACAUGGAAGGAAUAUUCUUGCAUGUUUUGGCCGAUACCAUGGGAAGUAUUGGAGUUGUUAUAUCAACCCUCUUGAUAAAGUACAAGGGAUGGGUUGUUGCUGAUCCUGCUUGCUCAAUAUUUAUUUCUGUUUUGAUUGUAUCUUCAGUCAUUCCGUUGCUCAGAAAUUCUGCAGAAAUUUUGCUUCAAAGAGUUCCUAGGACCUAUGAGCAGGAUCUGAAAGAGGCAAUCAAUGAUAUUAUGAAAAUAAACGGAGUACGAGGGAUUCAGAACCUGCAUGUAUGGAGCUUCACGAACACGGAUGUCGUUGGCACACUUCAUGUUCAUGUCUCAGCGGAGAGUGAUCAUGGCUCUACGAAGUUGCAGGUGUCUCAUAUUCUACGGGAUGCUGGGAUAAAGGAUUUGACAUUACAGAUUGAAGCCCAAGAUGGUAAACACAGAAUGGGAUUGGACCAGUCCCCUGGGGCAUCAACUCCAAUGUAAAGCUGGUAUACCACUGAGCUAUGACUUUCUAUAUCUGCUUGCAUGUCCUGAAUGCGUAAUUAGGACAUUUCAUUUUUAUGAUCAGUUAGGGUGAAAAUUGAUUUUCA